AGAGAUUCUAAACAGCAUUCAAUCAGCAUCAUGAAGGUAUUCCUUGCUUUUGCCGCUUUUGUCGCCGCUCUGUCCUUCGCAGCUGGCGUGGAGAUCUCAGAGGCCCAGAUCGCCGAGGUUAGGCAGAGGGCCAAGGCUUGCGCCGAUCAGGAGGGUAUCACCAAGGUCCAGGCCAUUGCCCUGCGUGCCGGCAACUUCGAGGACACCGAUCCCAAGGUUAAGUGCUUCGCCAACUGUUUCUUGGAGCAGAGCGGCCUGGUGGCCAACGGUCAGAUCCAGCCCGCUGCUGUUCUAGCCAAGCUGGGCCCCAUCGCCGGCGAAGCCAAGAUCAGGGAGGUCCAGGCCAAGUGUGAUUCCAUCCAAGGAGCCGACAAGUGCGACACCAGCUACCAGCUCUACAAGUGCUACUACGAGAACCGCGCUCAAAUCUAAAUCAUGAUAUGUAACAGGGAUUUUUUUUUUGGUUUAAUAAAGACAACAUAAUUUACUGAACUGCAAAA